AUGUGGCUUCUGUGUUUCAGCGGUGCCAACACCCACGAUGCUCUAGAAUUGGCUGCCAAGUACAAGAUGUCAUCAGUAUCCAACACCAGCUACCCACAAACUGUCUGGAGGCAAGGCAAAGGAGGCAAGGCAAAGGAGGCAAGGCAAAGGAGGCAAGGCAAAGGAGGCAAGGCAAAGGAGGCAAGGCAAAGGAGGCAAGGCAAAGGAGGCAAGGCAAAGGAGGCAAGGCAAAGGAGGCAAGGGAAAGGAGGCAAGGGAAAGGAGGCAAGGGAAAGGAGGCAAGGGAAAGGAGGCAAGGGAAAGGAGGCAAGGGAAAGGAGGCAAGGGAAAGGAGGCAAGGGAAAGGAGGCAAGGGAAAGGAGGCAAGGGAAAGGAGGCAAGGGAAAGGAGGCAAGGGAAAGGAGGCAAGGGAAAGGAGGCAAGGGAAAGGAGGCAAGGGAAAGGAGGCAAGGGAAAGGAGGCAAGGGAAAGGAGGCAAGGGAAAGGAGGCAAGGGAAAGGAGGCAAGGGAAAGGAGGCAAGGGAAAGGAGGCAAGGGAAAGGAGGCAAGGGAAAGGAGGCAAGGGAAAGGAGGCAAGGGAAAGGAGGCAAGGGAAAGGAGGCAAGGGAAAGGAGGCAAGGGAAAGGAGGCAAGGGAAAGGAGGCAAGGGAAAGGAGGCAAGGGAAAGGAGGCAAGGGAAAGGAGGCAAGGGAAAGGAGGCAAGGGAAAGGAGGCAAGGGAAAGGAGGCAAGGGAAAGGAGGCAAGGGAAAGGAGGCAAGGGAAAGGAGGCAAGGGAAAGGAGGCAAGGGAAAGGAGGCAAGGGAAAGGAGGCAAGGGAAAGGAGGCAAGGGAAAGGAGGCAAGGGAAAGGAGGCAAGGGAAAGGAGGCAAGGGAAAGGAGGCAAGGGAAAGGAGGCAAGGGAAAGGAGGCAAGGGAAAGGAGGCAAGGGAAAGGAGGCAAGGGAAAGGAGGCAAGGGAAAGGAGGCAAGGGAAAGGAGGCAAGGGAAAGGAGGCAAGGGAAAGGAGGCAAGGGAAAGGAGGCAAGGGAAAGGAGGCAAGGGAAAGGAGGCAAGGGAAAGGAGGCAAGGGAAAGGAGGCAAGGGAAAGGAGGCAAGGGAAAGGAGGCAAGGGAAAGGAGGCAAGGGAAAGGAGGCAAGGGAAAGGAGGCAAGGGAAAGGAGGCAAGGGAAAGGAGGCAAGGGAAAGGAGGCAAGGGAAAGGAGGCAAGGGAAAGGAGGCAAGGGAAAGGAGGCAAGGGAAAGGAGGCAAGGGAAAGGAGGCAAGGGAAAGGAGGCAAGGGAAAGGAGGCAAGGGAAAGGAGGCAAGGGAAAGGAGGCAAGGGAAAGGAGGCAAGGGAAAGGAGGCAAGGGAAAGGAGGCAAGGGAAAGGAGGCAAGGGAAAGGAGGCAAGGGAAAGGAGGCAAGGGAAAGGAGGCAAGGGAAAGGAGGCAAGGGAAAGGAGGCAAGGGAAAGGAGGCAAGGGAAAGGAGGCAAGGGAAAGGAGGCAAGGGAAAGGAGGCAAGGGAAAGGAGGCAAGGGAAAGGAGGCAAGGGAAAGGAGGCAAGGGAAAGGAGGCAAGGGAAAGGAGGCAAGGGAAAGGAGGCAAGGGAAAGGAGGCAAGGGAAAGGAGGCAAGGGAAAGGAGGCAAGGGAAAGGAGGCAAGGGAAAGGAGGCAAGGGAAAGGAGGCAAGGGAAAGGAGGCAAGGGAAAGGAGGCAAGGGAAAGGAGGCAAGGGAAAGGAGGCAAGGGAAAGGAGGCAAGGGAAAGGAGGCAAGGGAAAGGAGGCAAGGGAAAGGAGGCAAGGGAAAGGAGGCAAGGGAAAGGAGGCAAGGGAAAGGAGGCAAGGGAAAGGAGGCAAGGGAAAGGAGGCAAGGGAAAGGAGGCAAGGGAAAGGAGGCAAGGGAAAGGAGGCAAGGGAAAGGAGGCAAGGGAAAGGAGGCAAGGGAAAGGAGGCAAGGGAAAGGAGGCAAGGGAAAGGAGGCAAGGGAAAGGAGGCAAGGGAAAGGAGGCAAGGGAAAGGAGGCAAGGGAAAGGAGGCAAGGGAAAGGAGGCAAGGGAAAGGAGGCAAGGGAAAGAAGGCAAGGGAAAGAAGGCAAGGGAAAGAAGGCAAGGGAAAGAAGGCAAGGGAAAGAAGGCAAGGGAAAGAAGGCAAGGGAAAGAAGGCAAGGGAAAGAAGGCAAGGGAAAGAAGGCAAGGGAAAGAAGGCAAGGGAAAGAAGGCAAGGGAAAGAAGGCAAGGGAAAGAAGGCAAGGGAAAGAAGGCAAGGGAAAGAAGGCAAGGGAAAGAAGGCAAGGGAAAGAAGGCAAGGGAAAGAAGGCAAGGGAAAGAAGGCAAGGGAAAGAAGGCAAGGGAAAGAAGGCAAGGGAAAGAAGGCAAGGGAAAGAAGGCAAGGGAAAGAAGGCAAGGGAAAGAAGGCAAGGGAAAGAAGGCAAGGGAAAGAAGGCAAGGGAAAGAAGGCAAGGGAAAGAAGGCAAGGGAAAGAAGGCAAGGGAAAGAAGGCAAGGGAAAGAAGGCAAGGGAAAGAAGGCAAGGGAAAGAAGGCAAGGGAAAGAAGGCAAGGGAAAGAAGGCAAGGGAAAGAAGGCAAGGGAAAGAAGGCAAGGGAAAGAAGGCAAGGGAAAGAAGGCAAGGGAAAGAAGGCAAGGGAAAGAAGGCAAGGGAAAGAAGGCAAGGGAAAGAAGGCAAGGGAAAGAAGGCAAGGGAAAGAAGGCAAGGGAAAGAAGGCAAGGGAAAGAAGGCAAGGGAAAGAAGGCAAGGGAAAGAAGGCAAGGGAAAGAAGGCAAGGGAAAGAAGGCAAGGGAAAGAAGGCAAGGGAAAGAAGGCAAGGGAAAGAAGGCAAGGGAAAGAAGGCAAGGGAAAGAAGGCAAGGGAAAGAAGGCAAGGGAAAGAAGGCAAGGGAAAGAAGGCAAGGGAAAGAAGGCAAGGGAAAGAAGGCAAGGGAAAGAAGGCAAGGGAAAGAAGGCAAGGGAAAGAAGGCAAGGGAAAGAAGGCAAGGGAAAGAAGGCAAGGGAAAGAAGGCAAGGGAAAGAAGGCAAGGGAAAGAAGGCAAGGGAAAGAAGGCAAGGGAAAGAAGGCAAGGGAAAGAAGGCAAGGGAAAGAAGGCAAGGGAAAGAAGGCAAGGGAAAGAAGGCAAGGGAAAGAAGGCAAGGGAAAGAAGGCAAGGGAAAGAAGGCAAGGGAAAGAAGGCAAGGGAAAGAAGGCAAGGGAAAGAAGGCAAGGGAAAGAAGGCAAGGGAAAGAAGGCAAGGGAAAGAAGGCAAGGGAAAGAAGGCAAGGGAAAGAAGGCAAGGGAAAGAAGGCAAGGGAAAGAAGGCAAGGGAAAGAAGGCAAGGGAAAGAAGGCAAGGGAAAGAAGGCAAGGGAAAGAAGGCAAGGGAAAGAAGGCAAGGGAAAGAAGGCAAGGGAAAGAAGGCAAGGGAAAGAAGGCAAGGGAAAGAAGGCAAGGGAAAGAAGGCAAGGGAAAGAAGGCAAGGGAAAGAAGGCAAGGGAAAGAAGGCAAGGGAAAGAAGGCAAGGGAAAGAAGGCAAGGGAAAGAAGGCAAGGGAAAGAAGGCAAGGGAAAGAAGGCAAGGGAAAGAAGGCAAGGGAAAGAAGGCAAGGGAAAGAAGGCAAGGGAAAGAAGGCAAGGGAAAGAAGGCAAGGGAAAGAAGGCAAGGGAAAGAAGGCAAGGGAAAGAAGGCAAGGGAAAGAAGGCAAGGGAAAGAAGGCAAGGGAAAGAAGGCAAGGGAAAGAAGGCAAGGGAAAGAAGGCAAGGGAAAGAAGGCAAGGGAAAGAAGGCAAGGGAAAGAAGGCAAGGGAAAGAAGGCAAGGGAAAGAAGGCAAGGGAAAGAAGGCAAGGGAAAGAAGGCAAGGGAAAGAAGGCAAGGGAAAGAAGGCAAGGGAAAGAAGGCAAGGGAAAGAAGGCAAGGGAAAGAAGGUGA